CCAGGAAGCGUGUUUUUACAUAGCUUGUUCCCUACAUAAAAUAUAAGCUGUAUAUCGAAAUGAACAGUUAUUCGGGUUAUUGGUUAUAAAUAGGUUAUACUGUUAAUCGUAUCUUUGUAGUGGUAAAUCCUAUCUUAACUACGACUACCUACAGUUUGUUUGCUAUAAUGCUAUAGUCAGCUAACCUGCAGUGAAUUAUUGCAAGGUGCAGCAUGAAAGCCAUAAUAUUAAGAGAGUUUUUUCUUCAUGGACCUAGAAGAUCAUGUCGCUGAUCCUGUUUGCCUUUGUGGUACGCGUCAGGGACGGACUCCCCCUGUCGGCCUCCACAGACUUUGAACACAACCAUGAGCUUCAGGAGAGGAAACAUCAGCUCAGGACCAUCAGCAAAGCACUGGCUUCUCUCCCUGACAGAGGCUCCAUCGAGGGCCAGCACCUCAACACAUACUUUAUCUCUUCGGAGGGUGUUUCCUACAUGACCGUGUGCCACUGCAGCCUCCCUGUUGCUAAGGCCUUCUGCUUCCUGGAAGAUCUACGUUGGGAGUUCACAGCAUGCUUCAAUACAACUGACGUUGCCUUGGCAGCCAGGCCCUAUCCUUUUUUGCAAUUUGACAGCACCAUACAGAGGUUGAAGCAUCAGUAUAACCAAAGUGGAGGUCCAGCCCUGGAGGUGACGUUGGCAGAGGUGCAGGAGGAUCUCAGGAAUCAACCCCUGCAAAUUAUUAACUUGGAUGAGAUAGAGUUUACCAAUGGCACCGCAAAUGGGUAUAUGGAGCAAAAUCCUGGAUGUGGUCUGAAUGUGAGACUUGAACCAGUCACCCCUUCAGGCAUCUUAUCUCUUGUCCUAAACAUCAUGUGUGCAGCUCUGAAUCUAAUACGUGGCGUACACCUGGCUGAGUACACGUUUCAGGAUGACUAUGAAAGUAUAUGGAAUGUUGUUGCUUUUCUUCUGGCAUUUGUCUGCUGUUUGUUCCAGUGUCAUCUCUACCUGUUCCACUCAUCUCUCAAGAAGCAGAAGUCCUUCACUCUGCUGGCCGUGGUGGUUCUAUGCAACCUGUACCUGCUCGGCCCGAGGAACGUGUGGCAGCUCGUCUUUCACAUUUCCGUUGCGUCCCUUUCCACAGGUCUUAUCCUCACUCGAAAAGUGCAGGACAGGACAAACGACUGUGGGGUCUGACGAAGGCGGGACAUUUGACUCUGUCUCCAGCUUGAACUUUGUUUGCACUAUGUGUAAAUUGGUUUGACCCCUGAAUAAUCCCAUCAGACCCGUCCUGUCCAGAAGACAACUCUCUCUGUUGUUGACCAAAAUCUCGCUCUCUCACACACACACAGCUACAUAGAUUCUAAAGGGACAACAAAAAGUUCCUGGUGCCCACCUGUAAGUUUCAGGUGGGCACAGUAGCAGAAUAGACGCGUGAGUUAGCCAAACCUCUUCCUUCUUUUAGCUCAUAUUCAGGAUCAUUCCUUCUAUUAACCACUCAUUAACUUUGCUACAUUGCAGGUGACAGUUUGUGAUUGUAAGAAAUGUUAGGACUUUCAGUUUUUACUGUCAGAAGGUAAAGUACUCUGAAUUGGUGGCAGUGUGGGAUUUCUGAACUGUAGGAUGUAAUAGUUGAGUACAAGUAUAUAGAAAAAGUGGAGAAUGCAGCUACUGUAAUAGUGUUCAGUUGUUCACUGUUGUUCAUAGUUCUAAUUCUGAUGGCUUUUUAGGUUCAAUACUGUAUCUCAUCA